CUCCCUUUUGUCUCUUUCUUUCUUUCUGAAUGAAAUCAGUCUUUUUUUGCGUAUUUUUCAGCAAAUCUAUACACAAAUACACAAGAACUGUAUAAUCGCUCUUUCUUCUGUCUUUUGCUAUCCAUUUUUAAAUCUUUAAUAAAAAUUGAAACAAUUGCUCAAUAAUUUAUAUUUUUUGUUAUAAAAUUUAAUAACACUGUCCAUCAUACCUAUUCUUAUUGUAAACUAUUGUUUUGGUACCUGUUCCACCACCAAGUGAACCAUCAUGUACUCGCUAUCUAAAGGACCAACUACUAAUAAGGUUUUAGUUAAAUCUCGGCGAAGUCUGCCUCCUAGGAUGGAUGCUUUUGAGAAUCGCGGCAAUAUGAAAAAUCGCCGUGAAAAUUAUCCCAUUAAUGAUAUUAGCUCCACACGGCAUGUUUAUCAUAAUUCAUCUUCCGGUAAAAAAACUUAUCAUCACCACCACUACCCACGGGAAUCAAGAAUUAUCAGUCCGCAGCACCAGGAAAUGAUCAGUUAUAUCCAUGGAAAUUGGGAAGGCGUGAUGAGGCAAUAUGAAAGCGAUGCCCAACUUCAUUCGACCAUUCCAGUAUCUAGUAAAAGACUUCCAAGAGUUGCUUACUAUAAACACAGUGAAAAUAUUUCUCACCACUCACCAAGUAAGAACUGCUUGGUAAGUCUCAAAUGCAAUAAUGUUAAUAAUACUCUCAAUUGUUUGUCACCUAGAGAUGGAGAGAUCGGGAAUCGAGACAUUUUGGGGACAAAGGAUCUUCCACCAAAACAUUCCUCACCAUCAACCCAUUACCCGACUAUGAAUCUCCCUAAAUAAGUUGACCAAUUUUUUUGCUGAUUGCGCGUAUUUAUUAAAAAUUCACAUCUCGUUGAUAAUAUUA